CGACGAAGCAAAUUGGAUGAUGAACGAUCCACAGAAAGGAAACGUGUGGGGGGCACCACCAGUGCCGGUUGGCGUUACUGCUCUCGAGCCCAACACAAGCGCUCCUAAACCAAUUUCCCCAUUCGCACGAAGUAGUAAUCAAACGGCAGCCCCUCCGACUAUUCCAUCAUUCUCAAGGAACCCUUCUAUUGGUUCUGAAGGUGAUUUCAAAGGGGAGCCGCCGAGACCGCCGCCUUGGGCGUCCAUGGGGACAUCCACUGAGCUACGUAUUGGAAUACCUCGUUCAAACUCCGGUCUUCCACCUCGGAUACAGGCGCUAGAUGAUAAUACAAGAUCAAUUGCAAAUGCAGCAAGUCCUCGCUCUCCAUUUGACAAAUGCAGCAGUGUAUCCCCAACGUCACCGUUUGAUACGAGUAUCCCCAGCGAAGGGAAUUCACCCCGUUCUCCUUUUCCGCGAAAGCAAGAAGAGGUCGUCCAAAGUCCUAUUGAAGCGGCUCGAAUAUUUUUCGGGGAAAAUAAACCUUCCCCUGCACCACCACUGCUCCGACAGGUCACACCCCUACCGCAGGAUCAACCUCAGCGGAUGGUUGUGGUUCAGCCAAAAACAUUAGUUAGGCAUGCAGUACCUAGUGCAGUAGGGGUACAACAAGCUAAUGCAACCGGCGUAAGGCAAGCAGUUGUCGUAUCGAAUACAUCAGACGCCGUACGGACAGCUCCUGUCAUGCAAGGUGCAACCGGGCCUGGGAGGGAUACAGUUGUACCCGCUCUAGCACCAGGUCAACGACCAGCAAAGCCGAUGAGCGCAGCCGCAGCACAGGGACUGGUUGAAAGCAGACGUCGAGCAGCGUCAUCAGCAUCUAUGACGCCACCAUCCGAUACGCUGCUCAAUCUCUUCUCUUCGUCGGCCGCCACCACAACCGCUCAUAAUCCCAUGACUCGGUCCUCCUCCACGCCCAAAGUUUCCUCCUUGUCCCCAUCAUCUACCGUCCGUUCAUUCGAGUCACCCAAGAUGACUUCGCGAAGGCCAUCGGGCUCCCUCCCUGAUCUCCGCCAACCUAAAAAGGACAUCGAUAAAGCAACAGAUGACAUGUGUACAGAUCUUACGGUAACAUGUUUUCCAAGCUCUUCAAGUGGCCUGUUUCCUACAGAUUUUGAUUGGGACAGUGAAGAAUUUGACGACCCGAAAUACGUCAUCUUUCGAAAAGCAAUGCUGGAAACCUUCCAGAUGCAAGUGGAUUACCCGCUUCUAAUGCCUCCUGACUUGACGGGAAUGCUCCUACAAGAAUUCUGAAACUGAUUGCUUUGUCGCUGUUAUAUCUAUACAUGUAUUUUUUGAAAUAUGGUUGCAAAACACGUGUGCGCCUAUUUGUGGUUAUUUAGCCAUUAUAACACCGAGAGAGAGUAACCUCAAGGUGCAGUAGAAAUAUAUUGUCUGCAUUACAAAUAAUGAAUGAGGCUCCACGCCAACGCGCAGGAAA